GCAAGGAACAGAUCUUAGUGCGCGCUAGUGGCGCUACCGCCAUGCGCCGCAGCGACUGCGCGAACAGAGAUUAAAAUAAUUGCAUGCCACUCUCAAGGCCAUGCCAGCCAACAAUGCGGUCGGAGGUCAACGCAUUAUCCAGACAGCGUGACAAUAUGAGGCGACUCAUUUCACAACCCGUUCUGUGUUUUGAGCCAUCACGGAUAUCCUUUCGUCAACUCUGUGUGUUUGUCCGAUAUUGGGCCAGAUCAUCGCUUACAGACAUAUUAAACAUGAGAGACUCUCGGACUGGAUGGUAUCUUGUGUUCCUGUGACGAACUGCGAGCACACAUUCAGUGGUUGUUCAUGUCGUUUGCGUGGGAUGUCAUGGUAGUCAAAACCAUGAUGCUCAAAUACAAUUUGGUGAGAGUGCGCUCAGUACUGUGGCCUGAGUGGAUUAUUACGCUGUCCAGUUGAAAGAAGUGGACUGGACGACAACGCAAUGAAUGGAAGGAAAUGGAGAAAGAAGCUCAGACGAAAGCUUGCGUUGGUGAUCUUCACGAUCACAGUGGGUUGCUGUCUGUACAUGAUUCCUAGUUCACCUAGGACUCCGAGUAGGAGCUUGGAAUCUCCGGAGACCGAGGAAUCGCUUACCGACACUGACAGUGAUGAUACUCAGCCUAGCCACCACCAGCCACUCUACAGCGAUGAUAUUAUCAAUCCUCACCCUUACAAAUUCACCAUAGCUAACCCUACUCAUUGUGAAUACAUGAACGACUCGGAUGGCGGCCAGCUAUUCCUGUUGAUCCUCGUCAAAAGUGCGCCGGGUGAUGUCUACGAUCGCCAGCAGAUCCGCCGGACAUGGGGCGGUACGCAAACGGUUUCUGGCAGGCUGACCAGCACUCUGUUUCUACUCGGGCUGAACCGGGACCCGGAGCUUAAUCGCUCGGUCCGUGAGGAGAGUGAGCGCUACAAUGACAUCGUCCAGGAGAAUUUCUUAGACGCUUACCAGAACCUGACCAUCAAGAACAUCAUGGGGAUGAAGUGGGUGGCAACGUACUGCCCCAACGCUACCUACGUUGCCAGUGCCGACGCAGAUGUCAUGCUAAAUACAUUCAAUCUAGUCAGGCGGCUGCUGGACAAACCACGCCAUCGCUACGCCGAGGGAAGUCUGCGGAAAAACUCGGAGCCGGUCCGGAAGCCACAUCAGCACAACCACAAGUGGCUGACGUCCAAAGAGCUCUAUCCGGAGGCCACCUACGCGCCUUUCUUCCCGGGCUCCUGCUUCGUGAUGUCCGGAGACGUAGCGGCCGACAUUUACUACGAAUCACCACACGUGCGCUUCCUGCCAUGGGACGAUGUCUUCAUCGGACUGGUCAUGAAACGGAUUGGAAUCGAACCCUGGCACGGCAAAGGGUACGAACAGUACGUCCGUUUGAACAGUAAUAAGGCAAUCACCAGGGCUCUUAUGCGGGGGAUUUGUGUUCUCAUACGACAUCAGCUGGAUGGCGUGGAUGAGAAAUUAGUGGAAUUAUGGAAAGCGGCUGUGGCAAAGUCACAGAUAAAGUAUCAGUCAAAACCUACCUCAGUGCUACAAACUGUCUUGCUUUUCACAGCCAUCAGCAUGUUUUUAGUACUAUUAUUCAGUCUGGUUGUGGCCAUAAUGCUGCUUACUUCCAGCGACGGCAAACACUCCAACUCAUCCCAUAAAAGGUCAAUACGUAAAUCCAUGAAGCCCCGCCCUCUGACAUAUUGACCAAUCACUGCCCAGGAUUAUGAAUUUAGCUCUACAUUCAACCUAUAGAAUAAUUAUUGAACAGUCACAAAGGGCAUCAGUCAGUGAUUGCUUAAAAAUACUGCAUGCUAUGGAACACAUUGAAAAGAUUAUUUUGUGGAUCGACAUGUUUAAAGACACUACCCUCUACCCAUCUAUCACGAAUGACCAUUAAUGGGGAUUUCGAUGUUUUAGCAUGCAAGCAUAUUCCCCGACUUUGAAAAAGUUUUUACAUGGUUUGAUAAAAAAAAAUAGGAAACUUACAGAUUUUUCAAGCACUGCCCUUGGUCGAGAAAGGUAUUGUCCGCCAAAUAUUCAGAUGGGGUUUGGUUAUAUGCAACUGCUUCUUUUCUACUUCACAUUGUAUUUUAACGUAGCCUACAGGGCCUAUUCGUCCGCAAAAUGAUAUUUUACAAAUACUUGUGUUCGGACAAUUUUGGAGGUAACGUUAUAUAACUAUAUUAUCGAUUACACACUUUGUUAAGAUAGAGAACUAAAGUGGCUUCCUCAAAUUCGCUUUUGUAAAAAGAAAAUCCGUGACACUUUGUCAAACUUUUUAUAAUGCUAAUUAUUUAUAGUUUUGUCCAUUUUGGCUGAUGUAAUUAAACAUACUGACUUAUUUUUUUAAUAUA